AUGGUUCUACAAACUCUAAGAGAAAAGAAACUUUAUGCUAAGCUAUCUAAGUGUGAGUUUUGGAUGGCUGAAGUGAAGUUUCUUGGACACGUAGUGUCCCAAGGAGGAGUUUUUGUGGACUCCAACAAAAUAGAAGUCGUACUAAGUUGGGAAAGGCCAACCACAGUCACUGAAGUCAGAAGUUUUCUGGGUUUAGGUGGAUAUUAUCGAUGGUUUGUAAAAGAUUUCUUUCAAGUGGCUCUGCCUUUGACGAAGUUAACUAGGAAAAAUGCUCCAUUUGAGUGGACACCAGAGUGUGAGCAGAGCUUUCAAGCAUUGAAGAGAAAGUUAACAACGACUCCCGUGUUAACUUUGCCAGAUCCUCAAGGACCAUUUGAAGUCUACUAUGAUGCCUCCAAACAAGGACUAGGAUGCGUACUAAUACAAAAUAAGAAUGUGGUUGCAUAUGCUUCCAAGCAAUUGAAACCACAUGAAAGGAAUUACCCAACACUUGACCUUGAGUUGGCAGCCAGAUCCAUUGUAUUUGACAAAUGGACCUCGUCAUCACCAUCGUCAUCUACAUCUUCACUCAGUUCACUACUUCCCUAUUCUCCUUCAGAUUCAAAGUCACCAUUUUUAUUGUUGACAUUUAUCCAUUCUACCUCUCUGUUUGGGACAGUGCUUACAUAUGCAUCCUCAUCUUCUCAUCAAUGUUAA